AUGACAUGGCAGACCGGAUCCCCCCAAACCACACCCCUCAGCUCCUCAUCAGUCACAGUCUGCGCAACAACACCCUCAUCCAACCUUUCCGCCACUGUCUUCCGGUCCCGCGGCCUCGCCUUCGGGUCUCCGCUCCGCAGCACCACAAUCCUGCCUGGCGAGCUCAGCGUUCCCGGCGGGAGACGCCACACCGGCUUGCCGCUCCCCUCCCUCUUCCUCCUCUCCCGGUCCCUCUCCGACUCCCUACCAGCCGCAUGCGGAACCAGCGACAUCUUACUCUCCUUAUUCCUCAGCGACAUCUUGCUUGCCUUGGCAGCCAAGGACCUCCCCUUCUUCUCUCCUCCAGACUCACCACCACCGCCCCCUGAAGAACACGAACCCGAAGUAGACGGCGCCGAGCUGGCAUAUAACUCCAACAAACUCUUCACAUACGCCUUAUCCGCCCUCGCAAUCGGAUCCCCCUCAUUCAGAAACGUCAAGAACAAACUCUUCCGCAGCUCCGCCCUCUCAGGCCUCUUUAACGGCAACAAACUCACAGGCGGCGUCCCAAAGGUAACGCAAUGCACCCUCUUAAAACACCCCGUCAACGCAUUCAACUCGCUCCCGGCCCUGGGCGACGUAGACAACAUAUGCGCAUACAACAAACUCGCCACCGCGCCGCCCGCAGAAUGCCCCGUAAUCAACAGACUAUACGCCGCCCGCCCCGGGUCCUCCUCGAGUAACUGCCGCAGCCGCGCCGCGACGGGCUUCACCAUCUUGCGCGCCACCGCCAAAAACCCGGCGUGGCACGAGUUCCCCGCGUCGUCGAGGAAGCCAUCGGGGGAAGCCGGGGCGGUGUUGAGGUUGACGGCCCAGUCCAUGAAAGUGGCGGAGCCGCGGAUCGCAAAGACGAUGGUGUUCAUGUGGUCCAUGGGGACGGACUUGAUGACCAUUGCUUUCGUGCCGGUUUUCCAGUCUGCUGAGACGUGGGCGUCGCGCUCGGCGCCUUUGGGGUGGUCGUAG